CCGCCCACAGUUUUGCUUUCUCUCACUUUCUCAUUCAUUAUCCUCCGAAACAAACAGUCUCCCAAGUUCUAGGCUGUCCAGAGAUCCCGGUAGCUUAUACCAUCUUCAGCCGUCAUGAAGAAGCCUGGUGUUUUAGCAGCCUCAGUCGCCGCCGCUUCUGCUACUGCUCUCGCUGCUUCUUCUUCUUCUUCUUCUUCUUCUUCUUCUUCUUCUUCAAGCUUUGUGUCUAAUUCAACCAUGCGAUUUUCUAAUCAGGAGGCUGUCUCUUCUAAGAGAAAUCAAGAAAAUCCAUCACCUUCCACAGAAAAAUUUGCGCCGAGGUUCGAUGGCUUGAGAUUUAUUGAAACCUUGGUCACUGCUCAUAGAUAAUAAGAUUUGGUCUCAACUCAUCAAGCCUCACAGAUCCAUCUUCUUCAAAUCUAAAUAUAUUUUUGCCUUUGAUGAUUUGCUUUUGAUCCAUCUUCAGGAAACAACUUGAAGAUAGGACUUUCAAUCGUUUGGUAGAUGAAAUUAGUACUAGAAACAGAGGAAUUGUAACUUUAAGUUAAGGGCUAGCUUUCAUGUGGAAUGAAUUUCUCUUCCCCUGUUUUCUGGUCUCCUUUCUUUCUUUUACUAAAUGUUGCCAGUGGACUAAUGAUUGGAUUGGAUGCCAAAGUCAUCUGGUAUGGUGAUUUGUUUUUUCAUAAAAUCACAUGUAACAGAGGAAUUAUGUUAAUGAAUUUAUGUUUUUUUUUUCCUUUU